AACGUAAACGCAUACAAUAACGUAGCUUUCCAUAACCAACUAAACUCCAGUUAUUCAAAAACCUAUUACCAAUUCAAAGAAAUUCUUGAUAAUGUCAGCACACAAACAGCUUUCACAAAAAACAGAGAGCUGAGGAUAACUAAGAAACUAUUGGCUAAGAAAAAAACGGAACUACCAAAACAACAGAUUAAAGCUGAAUAUUACUCUCUAUUUCAGAAGUAUAAAGAAAACAACUUCACCAUUUUUGCCACUGAUGCUUCAGGAGGGGUAAACUCUAUGGGAUGUGGUGUUUACAAUGUGUCACAAAAACAACAUUUUUACUUUAGCAUAGAUUUCAAAUCUUCCUCUGCUUUUAGUGAGAUGUGGGCAAUUGCAAAAGCGGUUGAUAUCGCUUUUGAAGAUAAUCUUAAAAAAAUUGUAAUUUUUACAGACAGCUUGGCGUCAUGUCAACUCCUAUCACAAGAAACAUCCAACAACUAUAUAGUAGCUAAUAUUCAUAAUACACUCAACAAGGCCAAAAUUCAAUGUGAAGUAGUAUGGACCCCAAGUCAUGUAGGAAUUGAAUUUAACGAAAUUGCAGACUACAUAGCAAAAUUGGCAGUCGAUGUAGGUGCUCCUUUAGCAACUAAACUCACUCCUGAGGAAGCCUUAAGUCAAAUAAACACAAUCAUUAAAAAUAACUGGAAUACUAAGUACCAAACAAUCUCACAAGAAAAGGGAAAAACUCUAGCUAACUUUUUUCCAGAGAUACCAAAUAAACCCUGGUAUCACAACUCAACACUCGAGGCAAAAGAAAUUAAAACCAUAAAUAGACUAUUAACAGGUCACACCUAUGACAAAGAGUAUUUGAACAGAAUAAAAAUAGUCGAUACAAAUAUUUGUGAUACCUGUCACGUCCUUGACAACUAUACCCACAUGAUUUUCGCAUGCAAAAGAUAUGACACAAUAAGAAACAAGUACAAUGCAGUUAAAAACCACAAAGACUGCACUGAAAUUUUAAAAAAAAGAGACUGUGCUACUCUCAAAGAACUUUGCAACUUCAUCCAAGAAGCAAAUCUAGAUUUUUAAAAAA